AUGAGGCGGGGGCUGCCGCUGCUGGCCCUGGCCGGGCUGCUGCUGCUGGGGCGGCCGCCCGCGGCCCGGGGGGCGGCCUGCGAGCCGGUGCGCAUCCCGCUCUGCAAGCCGCUGCCCUGGAACAUGACCAAGAUGCCGAACCACCUGCACCACAGCACGCAGGCCAACGCCGUGCUGGCCAUGGAGCAGUUCGAGGGGCUGCUGGGCACCAACUGCAGCCCCGACCUGCUGUUCUUCCUGUGCGCCAUGUACGCGCCCAUCUGCACCAUCGACUUCCAGCACGAGCCCAUCAAGCCCUGCAAGUCCGUCUGCGAGCGCGCCCGCGCCGGCUGCGAGCCCGUCCUGGUCCGCUACAGCCACGCCUGGCCCGACAGCCUGGCCUGCGACGAGCUGCCCGUGUACGACCGCGGGGUCUGCAUCUCCCCCGAGGCCAUCGUCACCGCCGAGGGCGCGGAUUUCCCUAUGGAUUCUAAUAACGGCAACUGUAGAGGUGCUGGCAUUGAGCGCUGCAAGUGCAAGCCAGUGAAAGCUACCCAGAAGACCUACCUACGGAACAACUACAACUAUGUCAUCCGCGCUAAAGUGAAGGAGGUGAAGACUAAAUGCCACGAUGUCACUGCAGUAGUGGAAGUGAAGGAGAUCCUGAAAUCUUCCCUGGUCAACAUCCCAAAGGACACUGUAAACCUCCAUACGAAUUCUGGCUGCCUGUGUCCCCCCCUCAGUGCCAAUGAGGAAUACAUCAUUAUGGGCUACGAGGAUGAGGAGCGCUCCAGGUUACUCUUGGUGGAAGGCUCCAUAGCUGAGAAGUGGAAGGAACGUCUUGGUAAAAAAAUAAAGCGCUGGGACCAGAAGCUGCGGCAGGCGGGCAGGGGGCGGGCCGAGCCCGGCCCCAGCGCGGCGGCCCCGAAGCCCGGCGGGGCCCGGCAGGCUCGCAGCUGGGCGUGA